AUGUCUGAAUCUUCACAAACCACUAAAACCGGACGGUCUACUCGAUCAAAGACAAAAAUCGAUCCCUCAAAGAUUAUCAAGGACGCGGUCCCUGUUACAAUUGUUCGUGCUUCCAAAUCCAAAACUCAAUCAAGUGUUGCUGAGAAGAAGGUAAAGGGAAAAUCAGUUGAAAAGAUGAAAGCUCCAAAAGUAAGUGACAAUACUUCCCCUUCUAUUGAUAAAUCUGGUAAAGGAAGUUCUAAGAAGAAGAAAAGGGAUUAUAAGUCUAGAAUUCCUCUUUCUAUGUCUGAUCUGGUUUUUGAAUCUAAUGUUAAAACAUCCGAGCAAACAACUGAAGAAGAUUCUCAGAACCCUAAAUCUGUAGAACGUUCAACUUCCAUCUUCUUCAAUCACAAAAUUCACCCCUGUGCACUCAUCAUGUCUGACUCGGCCAAAUCUUCACCAACAAAGACAGAUGCUGUACCAUCACCACAAAUGGCGAUAAAUGCUAUUCCACUCAACACCAUACCUGCCACAAGUCCAACGAUGAGGAGAAAAUCUGUUGCAAAGAAGGCUAAAUCAUCGCGAACGAAUACAAAUCCUUCCUCUCCCGCUGAAAUUAAAACACGUAAAGGCAAGAAAGGGAAAGGUGAAUCGAGUAAGCCUUUUACAAUGUCUGAACUUCACAUUGAUCCACUACCAUCAAGUGAUGUUGCAACGCCUGUCUCCAAUCCUACAGUUGAAAAUGUUACUGCAUCUGGUAAGAUUUCUGUUAAUUUAGGUCUUAAUACACCAAAAUCUGCUGAAACCCUAGGUUUAAAGGACCCUGCUAUGUCUGAAAAAUUGGGGAAAACUGUUCCUAACCCUCCUACUGUUGUUGCAAAGCAAAACACAAUGAAGAAGAUAAAAUCUCGUUCAGAAAAUCUUGAUGAAAAGAACAAGAACAAGACCAAAGAUCAAUCCUCAAUGAAGAAGAGAAAGAGAAAUUCUCUUUCAGAAAAUAUUGAUGAAAAGAACAAGAACAAGAAGAAUGUUAAAGUUCAAUCCUCAAAAACAUUCACAUGCGGUAUAUGUUUUGAUUCUGUUAGAGUCUCUAAAAGAUUCACAAACACUUCAUGCAAUCAUCCCUUUUGUAGAACUUGCAUAUCAAAAUAUGUUAAAGUUCAAAGAAAAGACAAAGUGGUGAAACUGAAUUGUCCCAAUCCAACUUGUUCUGUUCAACUCACACCAGAACAUUUACAAUCUAUUUUAUCUAAAAAAGUUAUGAUUGAUUGGGAAUCUGCGAUCCACGAGUCUUCGAUUUCUUUGGAGCAAAAGAUUUACUGUCCUUACAAGAAUUGUUCAAUUUUGUUGGUGAAUGACGGGGCCGAGGUUGUUACAAGUUGUGAAUGUCCUUCUUGUCAUAGGUUAUUCUGUGCACAAUGUAAAGUUCCGUGGCACGCAGAUAUGAGUUGUCGGGAAUUUCUUGAUUCGAAAAAUGGUCGACAUGAGAAACGUUUGGAAAAGAAAUUUUUAGAUUUGGCUACAAAGGAAAAGUGGCAGAAAUGUCCCAAAUGUUCUAUGCAUGUUCAGAGAAAUGGUGGAUGUGAUUCCAUGCAUUGCAGGUGUGGAUGUAACUUCUGCUACAAGUGUGGUGGGGAUUUGGCUCGUGUACAUAGGUGCAAUGCUACACCUAGAUUAUAACAUUCACGUGGUUAUAACAGAU